AUGAAUCUCCUCGUGCCGCUCGCAUUCCUGUGUCUCGCCACCGUAGCGCCGUGGCGUGUUUGCUCGCAACAACAGAGGCUUCUCGUGAACAUGACGCUCGUUCCCAAUGCUCGUGCUAGCGGCGCUCUGUGUUUGGACGGAAGUUUACCGGCGUAUCACUUGCACAGAGGAUUCGGUGCUGGUGUGGACAACUGGCUUCUACAAUUUGAGGGUGGUGGAUGGUGCAAUGACUUGACAUCAUGCUUCGAGAGAGCCAAAACGCGGAGGGGUUCAACAAAUUUUAUGAACAAAUUGGAAGUCUUCUCUGGUAUUUUAACCAACAAUGCCACCCUUAAUCCAGAUUUUUACAAUUGGAACCGUGUGAAGCUGAGAUAUUGUGAUGGAGCUUCAUUUACUGGAGAUGCUGUGUUCACUAACAAGACAACGACACUUCACUUCAAAGGGCAAAAGAUUUGGGAAGCCAUUAUUCACGACCUUCUACCACAAGGUUUGGGAAAGGCACGGAAGGCUUUGCUUUCCGGUUGCUCAGCAGGAGGUUUAGCGACCUUUCACCAUUGUGAUGACUUCGCCAAGUAUUUGCCAACGAACGCUACUGUUAAAUGCUUGAGUGAUGCUGGUUUUUUUCUUGACGAAAGAGACAUCAGUAUGAACCACACCAUGAGGUUUUUCGUCAAAAGUCUAGUUCAGUUACAGGGGAUAGAGCAGAACCUGAAUAGAAAUUGUACCAAAUCACUGUACUUUCCAGACUUGUGCUUCUUUCCACAAUAUGCGUUGAGCUACAUAUCAACGCCAUAUUUUAUUUUGAACUCUGCCUAUGAUGUCUACCAAUUCCAUAAUAUAUUGGUGCCAUCCUCUGCCGAUAAGCAAGGACUCUGGAACCACUGCAAGAUGAACCCGGCUGCGUGCACAUCAGACCAAAUCAAUACAUUGCAAGGUUUUAGGCUCGACAUGCUUGGAGCUUUGAGACCGUUCUAUUUGAGUUCAAGAAGAGGAGGGAUGUUCAUAAAUUCUUGUUUUGCUCAUUGUCAGAGUGAACUAACUGAAACAUGGUUUGGAGAUGAUUCUCCAAGAAUAAAAAACAAGACUAUUGCAGAAGCGGUUGGUGAUUGGUAUUUUAGUAGAAACAUAUGCAAGGAAAUCGAUUGCGCGUAUCCAUGUGAUGCAACUUGCCAUAAUCUUAUACCCUUGAGAUCAGGUCAGUUGGAUGAUUAA